UAACGAUCGGGACACGAUUUCCUCGAGGCGGGAAAGAAAAUGACCGUUAUCCCUGUCUUCCUUCCGACCAACGCCGUCCCAACCCCCUCCCUGAUCCCCACCAGCCCCAAAACCUUACUCCUCGAGCAAUGCAAGACCCUCCGAGACCUGCACCAAAUCCACGCCCACCUCAUCAAAACCGGUGCCGUCCUCCACCCGGCCGUCGCCGAAAACCUCCUCGAAUCCUCGGCCCUCGUCGUCCCUGGCAGCCUCGACUACGCCCUCCAGGUCUUCCGCCACACCCCAUCCCCCCACACCCAAGCCCACAACAUCCUCAUCCGUGCCUUCAUCCUCUCCGGCUCCCCCUGCGAGGCCCUCCGCCUCUUCCUCCUCAUGCUCGACCGCGCCGUUCCCCCUGACAAGCACACCCUCUCUUGCAUCCUCAAGGCCUGUUCCAGGCUCAGUUCUCUUGAACAUGGGAAACAAAUCCAUGCUUUUAUCCUGAAGUGUGGCCUCGGCUCGGAGGACUUUGUUCAGAAUAGCUUGAUCCAUAUGUAUGCUAGCUGUGGCGAGGUUGGAAUUGCACGAGGCCUUUUCGAUGAAAUGCCUGACAGAGGGAUUGUUACGUGGAAUGCCAUAUUUGCGGGCUACUUCAAGGCUGGGGAAUGGACGGAGGUUGUUAGCUUGUUUCGUCAGAUGUUGGAAGCAGGACUAACUUUUGAUGAAGUGACACUGAUCAGUGUCUUGACGGCAUGUGGACGGUCGGGGGUCUUGGACUUGGGGGAGUGGAUUAAUGGGUAUAUAGAGGCAAAUGGGAUGAAGGGUAGUCAAAGUCUAGUGACGUCCUUGGUAGACAUGUAUGCUAAAUGUGGCGAGGUUGAGAAGGCGCGGAGGUUAUUUGACGAAAUGCCAUAUCGGGAUGUUGUUGCUUGGAGUGCAAUGAUUUCUGGUUAUACUCAGUCGAAUCAAUGUAGGGAAGCACUUGCUCUUUUCCAUGAGAUGCAAGAGGCUGAUGUUGAUCCCAAUGAAGUCACCAUGGUCAGUGUUCUCUCUUCUUGUGCAGUUUUGGGGGCUCUUGAGACUGGCAAGUGGGUCCAUUCCUAUAUAAAAAGAAAAAGAAUGCAGCUUACUGUUACCCUUGGCACUGCACUUGUUGAUUUCUAUGCAAAGUGUGGAUGCAUUGAGAAUGCAAUUGAAGCCUUCGAGAAUAUGCCAAGGAAGAACGCAUGGACUUGGACAGUGCUGAUCCAGGGGCUGGCAAGUAAUGGGCAGGGAAGGGAUGCCCUCAAGCUCUUCUAUUCCAUGCUAGAAGCUAAUUUCCAGCCGACUGAUGUGACUUUUAUUGGUGUUCUCUCUGCUUGCAGUCAUGCAGGUCUAGUUGAAGAGGGCCGACAAUUUUUUGAUUGCAUGACUCGUCAUUAUGGUAUUGAGCCAAGGAUCGAACACUAUGGUUGCAUGGUUGAUAUUCUAGGGCGAGCUGGUUUGAUCGAAGGGGCAUAUCACUUUAUCAAGAAUAUGCCUAUUGAACCUAAUGCCAUUCUGUGGAGAACAUUAUUGGCUUCUUGUAAAAUUCACAAGAAUGUGGAGAUUGGGGAAGAAUCAUUGAAGCAAAUUGUCAAAUUGGAGCCUAGACAUAGUGGGGACUACAUACUUCUCUCAAGCAUUUAUGCAUCAGUGGGUAGAUGGGAGGAUGCAGUAAAGGUGAGGAAUCAGAUGAAGGAGAAAGGGAUUAAGAAAACUCCAGGGUGCAGCUUGAUUGAAGUGGAUGGGGUGAUCAACGAGUUUUUCGCCGAAGAUAGCACUCACCCACAAUCAAAGGAGAUAUAUGAUAAAGUUGAUGAGAUGAUCAUGAAAAUUAAGGUGGUUGGUUAUGUGCCUAACAUAGCUGAUGCAAGACUAGAUGCUGAGGAAGAUGAGAGGGAAGUAUCAGUCUCUCAUCAUAGCGAGAAGUUGGCCAUCGCCUAUGGGUUAAUCAAAUCUACUCCUGGAGCAACUGUUAGGGUGUCGAAGAAUCUCAGAGUAUGCACAGAUUGCCACAUAGCAACUAAGAUGAUAUCUAAGGUUUAUGAGAGAGAAAUUGUGGUGAGAGAUAGAAGUAGAUUCCAUCAUUUCAGGGAUGGAAAUUGUUCUUGCAAGGAUUAUUGGUAAAAUUAGCUACAUACAGAUGCUUAAUGAAUUAUUCAAUCAUAGAUUUGCUACA